CUCGUAAAUAAUAAUAUCCUAUUUAUAUAAAAGAGUGCUUUAUGGGCUACACUGCUCCCUGUAGAAUAUUGCCAAAGCAUUUCAAUAAAAGGCAGUUUUAGCAUACAUUUCCCUCGUGUCACUAUAGAGUUAAAACAAUAAAAUCAAGACAAUAAAGCAGCAUUUCCGUUUCAAGAUGGUGAGUUUUCUACCGAAUCAGUUCCCAUGAACACAUGGCUGGUUUUAUGAAGAGACACUUUUAUUGCAGCACCAGUUCGUGAGCUGAUUCAUUCACUCAGAGGAACCGAAGCUCAGAUGGGGAACUGACAGCACAGGAGGAGGACUUACACGAACACAUCCACUCCUCAAGGAACGCCGAUUACAUUUUCUGUGGGGAAUAUAAACAGCAACAGGAGUUACAUUGUUGCCAGUUGCCGGGAAUUAUUUGUUACUUUGAAACGCGUCGCUUACUCGCUGUGAAAGUGAAUGGAUACAAAGUUUUUUUUUUUCCUAGCAAGUUUUUAGCCGCCUGGCUAACCAGCCGUAGGAUAUGAAGACUUCGGGUCCACAACAGAUUUACAGACUCAGUAUUUACUCUUAGUGAACUCUUACGAGAACUUUUAUUUCGAUUUAUUUCAGCGGAGUCCAACAUAUGUGUUGUGAAACAGCGAGCAAGUUUGCGUUUAGUUUUGACAGUGAACUUACUCACUUUCCCACCCUCUUGAUCUACUCCACCCAGAGACAUGUCCCCUCAUGCACAAGUACCUGGGUGGGUGGAUCACCUGUUCAAGGCUUCAAAGUGAAGGAAGAAUGGCAGAGGAACUGACUCCUACAGGAAAAGGGUUCUUUGGUGAUCUUUAUUAACUUCAUUGCACCACAAAGGAAGGGUUUCUUCCUUGAUAGGCUCGCUGUUGCAAUGCCACACAGUCCUGCGGUGUGACGGCAGCCUCGUCGUCAUGCUGGCCCUUGGAGUGGACCAUGGAAAAAGAGAGGGGAGUGUCGUCGCAGGGAAGACGGUGACAACAACGGCAGCGUGGCCGAUCACGCGAGAGCCUGGCGUCAACAUCAAGCAGAAAAUCUCCCAAUGGGAGGGACUCAGCCAGCAGGAGGACGUCCCCAGUGGGAAUAUUAAGCCCCAGCGGACUCUUGCAUCUCGCAGGCUUUCAGGGGACCUCCUUGGAAAUGGACUUGAUGGCAAUGAUGGAGGUCGUAACAAAGCGACUGUAUCAAAAGCCAAAAGCUUGGGUUUGGAUUUCAGGGAAAACCAGAUGACUUUUAGACCAGUUACAGAUGAACUCCAGUCUGAUUUCCCAAGAAAUCGAACUCAUUCAAAUAAAUUAGUUACAUCAACUCCUGUGACUAAGCCUUUAAGCACUGUAACCCAAGUCCAAGUGGCUAAACUGAAUGUUAAAAGCAAUAAUAUCAAGACAAACCAUUUCACAGAUGUCGAAAUUACAUCUCUACCUCAAUGUGUAGAUGAUCCAGAGGCGUCAUUGCCUCCGGGGAAUUUUUACACCUCCAGGGGUUUCUGGAAACGACUGGAGGCAGAUGACUGUUUAUGGGAGAAGGAGAAGGAUUCCUCAGUGGUGACUAAGGGUCUUGGUGAAAUUGGACCUUCUUCUCCUCCACCUAAACCACAGCGCACAUUCCAGUACAAGGGUGCGAGCAGUCCGCCCGGCCAAUGGAUCCAACUGGAGGACCAGACUCCAUCAGUCAGCAAAUCGAAUCAAGUCCGGAAGCAUGACAUCAUACUAAAGCCACCCAGCUGUCCACCUCCUCCUUGUCCAGUCAAUACUAUCAAUGGGUUUUCCAGAAACAGAAAGAACAGGAAGUCAUUUGAGUUUGAGGAUGUGGUACGGCGGACAGCCCAACAGGCCUCUAGAGGGAAGGAGGGCCACCGAUCAGGUCUUUACCACGCCCGGUCUGAAGACAGCAUCUAUGAGGACAUCAUCUCGGAUAUGUCAAAAGAGAACCCAUAUGAAGACAUCAAGCUUUCUCCUAUGUGUUUACCUAUAAGACGGCCACGAAACUACACAGUUGGACAGAGAGAGAGCCCUCACAUCAAGAUCUCACCGAAGCCCUUCACACUAUUACCUAACGGUGACAGGUUGCAUAAAAUGGGGCGGGACCGCAAAGAAUCCAUAACGUCACCUACACGUACCUCUACUACAAACACUCCUAAAUCAUCAGCAGCCAAACCUGCUACUACAUACAGGACAAACCGACAACCCCCGCUUGUAAACAGGAUCCAGGAGAUAUUUGAAGCCAAAAGAGGAAGGAAACGAGUAUGGGCGACAGCAACCAGAGAUGAAUUAAGUGGAACAGAGAGUGAUCCUGAGGAGAGCUCUAAAGAUCGCUCCCAGCGAACAGUGUACGUUCAGUCAACUUUAAAGCGACGGCCAGGUUACCGCACUUUAGAGAGGGACCUGAUCCAACUACAAGAGCAGCAGCUCUUCCAGCAAUUUGUAGUGGUGUCACUUAGAAAAGCUUCCCCUGGAAACACAUACAUCCCUGAGAUCACACAACAGUUCCCUACGAAGUUUGAGAAGUCUUCUCGUCUGUCUCGUGAGGCUGAAGACAGAUUAAGGGCCAUUCCCAAGUUUUGUUUUCCUGACUGUCAUGACUGGCGUCCCUCCUCGGACCACAACAGUGAAACAUUUUCUUUUGUCCUAACGGGGGAGGACGGGAGUCGCUUGUUUGGAUACUGCCGCAAAAUCCUGCCCAGUGGGAAGGGGAAGAGACUGCCUGAAGUUCACUGCAUCAUCAGCAGACUGGGCUGCUUCAAUCUCUUCUCAAAGAUCUUGGAGGAGGUGGAGAGGAGGAGAGAUAUUUCCCCGGCCUUGGUUCAUCCUUUCAUGCACAGUGUCAUGGAAGCCCCCUUUCCCGCUCCUGGACACACCAUCACCGUCAAGAGCUUCCUGCCGGGCUCUGGCAAUGAGCUUGGAGACGAGGACUGUAUCUUACCUAGAAAGCUGCAGGCAGCGCUUCAGGAGAUACUGGAGAACAGGGAGGAGAUCCUAGAACAAAACACGAGAGACAGGAAAGGAGAUAAAUCAGACCUGAGCACUUUGGUGUCAGAGGCGUUUGUGUGGUUCUUUGUUGAGCUGGUGGGACAUUAUUCUCUGUACAUGAGCGACACCGGACCCGGUGGCACCCGAGAGCUGCAGAGAGACGCUUUCAGGAAAUCUCAUCCGUCCCGAGGAGUGCGACAGUUUCUCCAGCUCUUCAUGGACACGCAGAUGUUUGCUGGUUUCAUUCAUGACCGAGAGCUCAGAAAAGGAGGUGUUAAAGGGCUGUUUGAAAUGAGAGCAGCAGAAUAUUUGGAUUCUUAUCCUGAACCUGAACCAAGUGGAGUCAACAAAUUUCUUAAGGGGCUCGGAAAUAAAAUGAAAUUCUUGCAGAAGAAAUAGAGAACUGUUUCAGACGCCAAGUAUGAACGGCUUUUUUUCAAAAAUGUGUGAUGACUCAACCAGCAUGACAGUUCCUCUCCCGUAGCCAAUGCUGAAGGGUGGAGAUGAGUUCAAGACUGGAAUCAGCUUGUUCUGCCCUGAAAAUUCUCCCGUCACGAAAGAGGAAAAGGCUGGAAAUUAGUUCAUAAGCACAAGGAACAAAGAGGACUGAAUUAGAACAAAGAGGAAAGGGAGGAGUCUGUGUCAUGUCAUUGUAAUUUUGAUAAAUAAGGAAAAAUCUGACUAUGAAUGCAUAAUAACAAGAGUUGGGUAAACGGCCAUGUCAGAGGUCUUGCAUGUUUUUAUUGUCUUAAUGUAAUUUUUAUUAA